GGAUGCAAGACCAGCACGACUGUACUAACAAGAGCCAGGCUGCUGGCUGUGUACACGCGCGAAGCAAAGACAAGGACGCAGGACAAAUCGUCAUUCUGAAUUUGGCUCGUGCGUAAAAACAACACAUUUUCGGCCGGUGGUAACUAAAAGCCUCCUCCUUGGAUAGAGAUGGCGUGAUAUCCCUGUUUUUUCCGCGCUGAGAGCGAUCUCUACAGUGGGACGAUAUUAAGACUGAGGUGGGCGGACCUUGGCAUAGGACCAUUUUUUGUAGGGGGGCUGGAAGAAGAGGCUAUUUACUACAGAUCCGUGCUGAUUUGCGUUACAACUAAGAUUGGGCUUAAAAAAAAGCAACAUCACAAAGUUCAAAUUGAAUCGGUUACCAUUUAUUUUCCUUCACACGCUCAACAUCUUGUGAAGAUCAUGGCCGAAGCCCCAGAUGUAAACAGGUUGUCUACUGCUGCUGCAAGAGGAGACUUGAGAGAGACUGAGCAGAUUCUGGAGAGCAACAUGAGCGUGAAUGCGAAGAACAUAUUCGGCAGGACACCACUGCAGGUGGUGAAACUUGGCUGUCCUUCUGUAGCGGAAGCCCUGCUACGCGCGGGCGCUGAUCCAAACGUGCGCGACCCGUGCGGGGGACUGACGGUAACGCACGACGCGGCGCGCGACGGCCACACGGACACGCUUCAGGUGCUGUUGCGGUAUGGAGCAUGUGUCAAUCUCCAAGACGACGCUGGUAAUCUGCCGUUGCAUCUGUCGGCUCGCGAGGGACAUCAGAGCGCAGUGGAGAUCCUGAUGCCGCUUACCGAACACCCGUUUCUGCCCAACCAUGCGGGUUUUACGCCCCUGGAGCUUGCAACACACCACCAUCGAGACAAUACGGCACGCUGGCUAGAGAACUACCUGUUUGUGCCAUCACAAUCAGAUUAGGCAGAGGGCCGCCUGCUUUGUGUUGUUACAGAGGUAGUAUAGAGAUAUAUGCUGAAUGCGCCUUUUGGUAGUAUUAGAAAAUAUUCAGCUAACUACCUCCUUUUGAAAUUGUGAAAUUAAGAAAAUGAAGUUGCAAGAAAAGAGUCUGAACGAAGGCCAUUUUCAAGCACACAAAAGGCCAAACGUUUUUACAGGCCUAGGCUGCUUUCUAUUAGUUUCCUGUUAAAUACAAUAAUCUUUCAUCAAAGUGUUAAAAAGUUAAAUUGUUUCGAUUUUAAGGGACAUUCAGAUUAAUACAUUUUUAAUUUCAGGUUAACAUUUAUGUCUAAAAUCGCUUCCAAACCCUCCCAGAACUAAAGGUAAACUGUAAUGGAACUAAUGAUCAAAUGGUACUUUUCCUUGUUGGAGGUUGGUACCAUCAAAGCUACACGUUUUGUACCGAAAUUAUGUAUAUUUAUAUUCCGAUAAGUUCUUGCAAUGUACAUUUUACUUAGCUUUUAAAAUAAAUGUACACUUUCGGCAUUUAGCAGAAGCCCUUAUGGUUCACCAGGUCAAGAAGAAGAAUAUUAUCAGAAUUCUCAUGGGAGGUAAUAUAACAACACUAAAAUAUAAUAUAAUAUAAUAUAAUAUAAUAUAAUAUAAUAUAAUAUAAUAUAAUAUAAUAUAAUAUAAUAUAAUAUAAUAGUAAAAUAAAGUAGUAAUAAUUAAUUCAUGAAUUUAAUAUGUAUCUUUGAACCUGGAACCUGAAUACAAUCUUUGAAAUUUUUUAAGGGAAAUAAAAAAUGGGCCUUUCUUUAUAUGCAAAGGUGUAAAUAUUUUGGAUAUCAACCAAAUCCCCGAGGAAAAGUACCCCUUUCUUUCUGAGCGUAUAGUUCUAGAGCAGUAAAGACCCAUUAAUUAUGCAUCCUAAAUCAUUUAAAGUCAUUUUGGUAAUUAAUAAAAAGGUAAUAAACAAGUCCACUUGACGGUACCACUUUACAUCCAGUGUAUCUGAUGACCUGAAAUAUCAUCAUGUAUAAAAGAUAACUCAAUCCUGCUUCGAGAUAUUUCUCUUCCCUAUUUUACUAAAAAUAAUUGCACUAAAGGUCUCUGAAGGCCAGAAGCAUUUCUAAUUUGCUUUGUACUUUUUUAUUUACUUCCGUUUGCAAAUAAAUUGCACUUUUGCUUGCAUUUUGAUAUUUGUAAAACUAUAACUGUGAACGAAUGUGUUUUUGUUGUAAACAAGUCGUAUUUUUUCAAAAUAAACCAAAGACCAGGAUACACAAUUUCCAAAAAGGACAAAUCUGACUUCUUGCCUUUAGACUCACACUAUUUCUAUACAAUAUCACUUUGUUUUAUUUAACUGAGCUGAUUUCCAACAUAAUACUAUGUCACAAUGCAAUAGAUUAAAUUAGACGAAGCAUACUUGAACGUUACUAAUGGUUGUAUCUUUUAAUUAUAUGAAGAAAUACAAUGCUUGUUUCUAAAUGUGUGUUGUUUUGAUUAUUUAUAUCAGUUUAAUCAAAAUUCAUCUGUGGUGAUGAUUGAGUACAUGUUCUGUGUGCUAUACUUUAGAUGGAUUUAACCUUGAUAAUCUUAGAUCAUAAGUAAUAUCCAUGUUAAAUGAUCCAGCCAGUAAUGUUCAGUUUUUAUUAUAACAUCUUGUGUCCUGUUACCUGUAUGACUGAAAUCCUUUGU